AGUACUUUGCACUGCGACACGGAGAUCUCGACGCGCGGUUAGGAGAGCAACACUUCGACAUUCAGCAGUUCAGCCCGCUGGAGUUCUGUCGGGGCCACACCUCGUCAAAUACUUCGGUACAGAAUUAUGUGGAAACGUUCGUAUUGACUUGUGAUUCACUAUCGUAAUUGCUUCUGUAGGAAAUCGUUGCCUUGGCAGCAACUUGAGCUUCAGACAGCAAUCGUAUCUGGAUUGAGGGCCUUACACCUACCGAUUCUCAUCACGGCAAAUCGAGUGAGAAUAGACGUCUUUCAGUACAUCGGUAAAUAUAAAAGGAGGUAGUACUUCUGAACACACAGGAUGCUGGCAGCAGUCAUGGUGUGGGCGUGGCUGUGGCUGUGGCUGGCGGCGGGCGGCCGGUGCUGGGAGCAGCCGCGGCUGCCGCUCACGCCCGCGGGGGCGGAGGUGCUGAUGGCGACGCUGGGCGGCACGCGCUCCCACACGGCGCCCUUCCUGGCGCUGGGCCGGCAGCUGGCGAGCAGGGGGCACCGCGUCACACUGCUCAGCGCCUUCCCGCCGCCGCCCGGGGAGGAGACGCCGGGCGUGCGACAGCUGAACCCGGAGCCGCUGGUGCGCUACGUGGCGGAGCUGACGCGCGGCUGGGACCUGCUGGGGGCGCGCGCCAGGGGCGAGCAGCCCGUGCCGCCCUGGGAGGCCGUGCGCUUCGGCCUGCAGGUGCGUCGCCGCGCCGCAGCAGCGCUGGGGGCCGCGAAGAACAGGUGCUGCCGGGGGCGCCGCCUCUGGGAGGGAGGCGAUCCCUGGGAGGACAAAAUAACUGCACUUAUACAGACGAAGGCCACGGGAACAUUGAUUUGUCUGCGGACACCAGUGAUGCCGCGUUCGACUGAAAAGGCCUUACGCUUCACAGGUACUGAUUUUUGGUGCACGCGUACUCGCUCUGUGAGAGCACCACUGGCGAUAUUUUACGGCCACGCCUCGUACGCGGGCGGAGCAGCGACCAGAGAGCUGGUGACGUAUUACAGUGAAGCCAUUAGUCGGUCGGCCGGAACGAACGCGACUAGGUGCUGGGUAAGUGGCAGCGUGUCGGUGGUUUGUCGGCACAACGGCCGGCGUUGUGGGGAACGCGCCACCGUUGUUGCGCGAUCGUGUGUGGGAGCGGCGUCGAGUUUAUCGGGGCCGCGCUCCGGCCGCACUGGGGUAAUCUCGCGAGAGGCGACACGGCCCAGUGCGGGCUGCGGGCUGCGGGCUGUGCUGCUGGUGUCAGCCUCGCCCCGCCAGCCCUCAGUGGCCGGGGACCGCCGAGUGUGCGAGGCGGCGCUGGGGUCCCGGGAGGUGCGCGGGCUGCUGGGGGCGGCGUCGCGGCGGCGGCCGGAUCUGGCGCUGCUGGACGGCGCCUUCCCCGACUGCCUGCUGGCGCUGGCGCACCGCCUCGGCGCGCCGCACGCCCUCCUCAACACCGUGGCGGCGCACCCGGGGGCGGCCAGCUGGGCCGCCGCCAGCCCCGCGCCCUUCAGCGUCACGCCCUUCAUGGGCCUGCCCUACACCGACCGCAUGGCCCUGCCGCAGCGCCUGCUCAACGCCGCCUACCACGUCGCCCUCAGGGCCAUGCAGGUCCUCAGCACCAAGCUGCUGCUGGAGCCGUGCGUGCGCCGCCACCUGGGUCCCGACGUGCCGCCCAUCAGCUGGCUGGCGCGCAACACCAGCUUCGUGCUCCAGAACGCGCUCAGCCCCACUACUCUGCCGCGCGCCUACUUCCCGGACGUCGCCGAGGUGGGCUGCCUCCACUGUCGGCCAGCCAAGCCGCUGCCCCAGGACCUCGAGGAGUUCGUGAGCGGGUCGCCGUCUGGCUUCGUGCUGGUGAGCAUGGGCUCCGGCGUCAGGGCUGCCAACAUGCCGGCGGCGCUGCACCGGCUGCUGAUGAGCGCCUUCGGCAGCCUGCCGUACCGCGUGCUGUGGAAGCACGAGGCCGGCCCGGGCGGCGAGGGGGUGCCGCAGCUGGAGCUGGAGCUGGAGGGACCGCGGCGAGCCCCACUGAACGGGACGGCCGGCUCUGGGCUGGAGCUGGAGCUGGAGCCGGGCCUGAGGGUGCCGGGGAACGUCAUGCUGAGGCGCUGGCUGCCGCAGCAGGACCUGCUGGGGCACCCGCGGCUGCGCGCCUUCGUGGGCCACGGCGGGCUGCUGAGCGUGCUGGAGGCGGGCUUCCACGGCGCGCCGCUGCUGGCGCUGCCCGUCUUCUGCGACCACGACGCCAACGCGGCGGCCGCCCGGCGCGCCGGCUUCGCGCGCGUCCUCCAGCUCCGGGGGCUCACCGCCCCCGCACUCGCCGCCGCCGUCCGCGCUGUCGCCACGGACCCCAGGUACCGGGAGGCUGCUUACCGUCAGUCAGUGCUCAUCCGGGACCAGCCGACACCCCCACUGGAGAAGGCCGUCUUCUGGACGGAGUACCUGCUGCGCCACAAGGGCGACACGAGGCACCUGCAGUCCGCUGCCAGGGACAUGGCCUGGUGGCAGCUCUACUGCCUGGACCUCGCCCUGCUCGUGCUGGGCCUCCCUGUCCUCUUGUGGGUCGCUCUCUCCAGGCUCUGCCACUUGCUGCUUCACUCCAGGCACGCACUGGCCAAGAAGCUCAAGGCUCACUAGCUUCGUCUCAGCUGGUGUUUUGUCCAGUGACAGCUUUCCUAUUUAGACCCCAUGCUGGGCCUCCCUGCGCUGCAUUAGGUCGCUCUCUCCAAAGUCUGCUGCCUGUUGCUGCUCUCCAGCCACAUUCUGGUCAGAAAGCUCAGGCUCCUUAACUCUGUUCAGUUGUCAGCUCUAUUGCCUUGAACUCAUCUUGUUGACAGUGGACCACCUUGUGCUGCUUUGGAUCAGUCUUUCCAUGGUCUGAUACGUGCUGUUAUAUUCCAGGCACAUGCUGUCCCAAAAUCUAAAGCUCUCUAGCUUCAUCCCAGCUACAGCCCUUACCUGGUGGCAGUUGUCCCACCUGGUCCUCGCCCUACUGACGCUGAUCUCCUCGUUGUUGUAGGUCGCUCUCUCUGUCUGCCAUCUGCUGCUACACUCCAGACACACCCUGACCAAACAGAUCAAGGCUCACUAUCUUUGAGAUAACUAGCGUCCUCAUUCGUCGGAAUCUCUACAAUUUUGACCUCAUUCAGCUUCUACUGGGUGCCAUUGUUCUACUGUGGGUCACUCUCUUCAAGGUCUGACACCCGAUACUACACUCUAGAUAAACCCCAGCCAAAAAUUCGAGGUUCACUAUCUUCAUUGUAGCCAGGAAUCUGGCCUACUGGAGAGCUCCAUUGCGUAGACCUCACCCUAGUCACACUGGCCCUCGCUGAUCUCUGUGGGCUGCGGUCUCAAGAGUCUGCUACCUGAAGCUACUCCCCACAUACACCGUGUCCAUAAAGCUCAGGGUUCUCUAGCUCUGUUUUUGCUAGGGUUCUUGCCAAUUUACAUAGUGGCUCGACCUCAUUCUACUCUCAGUGAGCCUCCCUGAUCUACUGUGCGCCACUCUGUCCAAAGUCUAACGCCAGCUGGUACUUGCCAGGUGCACCCCGACCGAAAACCUCAAAUCUCACUAACUUAAUCACACCUAACUGUCCUUGACCCAAACAUUUUGCUUUGAAUCAUGAGUCAUGACUGGUUUUAUGGGGACCACCACGAAUUCCUCUCCUGUGCCAAUCUAUUCAUCUCAAAGUAGCGCUUGCAACUGUCUUCCUAUUUGCUAGAUGUAUUCCAAUAUCUGUCUUCUUCUACAGCUUUUACCCUCCACAGCUACCUCUACUAACAUGGAAGUUCUUCCCUGAUGUCUUAACAGAUGCCCUUAUACUUUUCAGUGUUUUCCAAAUACUCCUUCCCUCUCCGAUUCUGGACAGAACCUUCUCAUUCCUUACUGUACCAGUUCACCUCAUUUUCAACAUUAGUCUGUAGCACCACAUCACAAAUGCCUCGAAUCUGUUCUGUUCCGUUUUUCCCACAGUUCAUAUUUCACUCCCAUACAAUGCUGUGCUCCAAACGAACAUUCUCAGAAAUGUUUUCCUCGAAUUAGGGCCUGUGUUUGAUACUAGUAGACUUCUCUUCGCCAGGAAUGCACUUUAUGCCAGUGAUAGUCUGCCUUUGAUGCCCUCCUUACUGCAUCCGUCACUGUUUGUUUUGCUGCCUAGGUAGCAGAAUUCCUUAACUCCCGACAAACAUGGCUGUUUCGAUGUCUUCACAUUUUUCAUGUAGCCAUUCGGUUUUAGCUUCCCUGCAGUUCCUAUUUAUUUCAUUCCUGAGCGACUUUUAUUUCUGUAUUCCUGAAUUUCCCAGGACAUUUUUUUCUUUCUAUCAUCGAUCAUCUGAAGUGUUUCUUUUGAUAGCCAUGGUUUCUUCGCAGUUACCUUCUUUGUGCAUAUGUUUUUCUUUCCAACGUCCGUGAUUGCUCUUGUUAGAGAUGACCAUUCCUCUUUAACUGCACUGCCUACUGAGCUAUUCCUUAUUGCUGAAUAUAUAGCCUUAGAGAAAUUCAAGCGUAUCUCGUCAUUCCUUAGUACUUCCGUAUCCCACUUCUUUGCGAACUGAUUCUUCCUGACUAAUCUCUUAAAAUUCAGCCUACUCAUGAUCACUACUGCAUUGUGAUCUGAGUUCGUAUCUGCUCCUGAGUGCGCCUCACAAUCCAGUACCUGAUUUCAGAAUAUCCGUGUGACCAUGAUGUAAUCUAACUGAAAUCUUCCCGUAUUACCUGGCCUUUUCCAAGUAUAGCUCCUCCUCUUGUGAUUCUUGAGGAGAGUAUUUGCUAUUAUUAGCAGAAAUAUGUUGCAAAACUCAGCUAGUCUUUCUCCUCUCUCAUUCCUAGGACCAAGCCCAUAUCCUCCCGUAACCCUUUCUUCUACGCCUUCCUCCAUGACUAUUAGAUUUUCGUGUCCCUUUAAGUACUGCAUUACCCGCUCAAUAUCCUCGUACACUUUCUCUCUUUCUCUCUCUCUCUCUCUCUCUCUCUCUCUCUCUCUCUCUCUCUCUCUCGUCAUUUUCAGCUUGCGACGUCGGCACGUAUCCUGAACUAUCGUUGUCAGUGUUCGUCUACUGCCGAUUCUGAUGAGAUCAACCCCAUCAGUGAACUGUUCAGAGUAACACCCUCUCUGCUCUACCUUCCUAUUCAUAAUGCAUCUUACUCCAGUUAUACCAUUUCCUGCUGCUAUUGGUAUUACCCUAUACUCAACUGGCCAGGAAUCCUUGCUUCUUUCCGUUUCACUUCACUGACCCCCACUAUAUCUAAACUGAGCCUUUGCAUUUCCAUUUUCAGAUUUUCUAGGUUCCCGACCACGUUCAAGCUUCUGACAUUCCAUGCCCCGACUCGUAGAACGUUAACCUUUCGGUCGUUAUUCUGUCUUCUCCUUACGGUCACCUCCUGUUGGCAGUCCACUCCCAGAGAUCCGAAUGACGACUCCGCCGCCUGAAUACGUUGGUCCUCCGUUUUCAAUGGAGAUGCUCUCUCCAAGGAUGGUUACCUGCUGCUACACCCUCUCCUAAAAGUUCAGUGGCGUGAUCUGCACUCUCCAAGGACUCUAACAGUGUUCCACUCUACGGACAUCGAGCACUUUCUGUCUGUAAAGUUCAAGACUCUGCAGAAUUGUAAUUCCACAGCUUCUACAGCAGUGAACAGUACGGCAAAGGCCCUAACCCUACAUGUACAAAGCAUCGACGUUGUUGAAAAUAACUUUUCUGCCUCGAUUUAAUCGAGAAUAAGAAUAAAAAAUGAAAGUAUUUAUUUAUUGUUAUUUGAUGUAUCGUUGUAUUGCAUGUUUCGAACUAUGUAUUUUAUCUGCAAUAAAGACUGUAUGUACAAUUUA